AGGUUUCCCUCGCACAGCAUGUAUUAAAAAACCAAUCUUCCCUCCUACCGCGACCAUUCAGCUCCUUUCACAUGGAUCGCCUACUUCCACCCCUCUUCCUCCUCGCCCUCCUGCUUGGCUCCGUCGUUUCGACGGAAACUGUCGGCGGAGAGGACCUCGAUCCAUUGAUCAGGCAGGUGACAGACGGCGAUGGUGAGAUCGAGCCGCUUCUCCUAAACGCGGAGCACCACUUCUCGCUCUUCAAAAGACGGUUCGGGAAAUCGUACGCCUCGCAGGAGGAGCACGAUUAUAGGUUUAAGGUUUUCAAGAGAAAUCUGCGACGGGCGUCGCGUCAUCAGAAGCUUGACCCCUCGGCUCGUCACGGUGUCACGCAGUUCUCCGACUUGACUUCGAAGGAGUUCAGGAGCACUUAUUUAGGUUUAAGGAAUCUGAGGCUGCCUAAAGAUGCUAACCAGGCGCCCAUUUUGCCGACGGAUAGUUUGCCUGAGGAUUUUGAUUGGAGAGAGAAAGGAGCUGUUUCCGCUGUCAAAAAUCAGGGUGCUUGUGGAUCUUGCUGGUCUUUCAGCACCACGGGAGCCCUGGAAGGUGCUCAUUUCCUUGCAACCGGAGAACUCGUGAGCCUUAGCGAGCAACAGCUCGUGGAUUGCGAUCACGAGUGUGACCCAGAGGAACCAGGUUUGUGUGAUUCUGGUUGCAAUGGUGGGCUGAUGAAUAGUGCUUUUGAGUACACUCUUAAAGCCGGUGGACUUAUGCGAGAGGAGGACUACCCUUACACUGGUACCGAUCGUGGGACCUGCAAAUUUGAAAAGUCUAAGAUUGCUGCAUCAGUGGCCAACUUCAGCGUAGUCUCACUGGAUGAAGAUCAAAUUGCUGCCAAUCUUGUGAAGAAUGGUCCUCUUGCAGUGGCAAUCAAUGCAGUGUUUAUGCAGACAUACAUUGGAGGAGUUUCAUGCCCAUAUAUUUGCUCAAGGCGCCUGGAUCAUGGGGUAUUGUUGGUAGGUUAUGGUUCAGCUGGCUAUGUUCCUGUCAGAAUGAAGGACAAGCCAUAUUGGAUCAUCAAGAACUCAUGGGGAGAGAACUGGGGAGAGAAUGGAUUCUACAAAAUCUGCAGGGGUCGAAAUAUUUGUGGAGUAGACUCCAUGGUAUCCACUGUUGCUGCUGUGGUGUGAUCUAAUUAUUGUUAAGUAUUCGUAGUUUCUGUAUAUGAUGCAUGUGAAAAUUGUAAUUCCCAGAACACUAGGUUGGGAUUCCUUGUGGGCUAGUGAUAAAGCAGUUUGAAAGAUUCUUUGUUGUGUUACGAGUCUAUUUGAUGUUUAUGUUCAAGUUCUCUAGUUUUCUUGGCAUGCUUUGAAAUGAUAUAGAAUUAGUACUUAGAGCAUGUACAAUGGAAGUUUCUUUAAUUGCUCCUCUUAAAAGAGAACAUUUAAAGGGAACAAAGAUGGGAUACUUUA